GCACUCGUUUCUGUGUUUUCUCUCAGGCGACAGCAUGGUGAAGGACAUCACCGUGGUGGACACGAACUACACCGAGUACGCUUUGGUGCUGAAGCACAAGGUUUUCCACAGAGAGUACACACAGGUGGCACUUUACGGCCGCGCUCAGCGAGUCAAGAAUGAAGUCAUUCAGAAGUUUAAAAACUUCGCCGUGUCCCGCGGUUUCCCCAGAGAGUCUAUUCUGACUCCACCUCCAGCAGAUAAUUGCCCUCCAUCAACAUCAACAUCUGGCUGAGUGAGACNGUUUAA